AUGAACGGCCCAAAGAUAAGGGUCAUUGUCGAGGUGUAUAUGCGCAACGAGGAACCGCAGUCUCGACUGGUCGUUCCCAUAUUGCCGACGCAGACUAUCGCGGAGCUCGCGGCGUCAGUUGCUCGUCGCCGCCACUUCAGUCAGGAGGACUCUGAUAAGCUGACUUUGUUCCUCGCUGACGGCUCCGAGCUGUUCCAUGAGGACGAAUUGUCACUACUCCUUCAUCUGCCUCCGCGCCUGCACCGAAUAGCGGAGGAGGUCGGGUGGCGCAGCAGAGGCCAGCAUCGUCCACACCGGCCGGCAGGGGACGUUGUUCAAAACACACAGUUCGCAAAGGGGCAGGCCCACGAGAUAUUUCUAAAUUCUCAACUCCACUCGCUACGGGUAGUGGUGUUAUGA